GUCCGGUGCCCGUGCCGGCCGGCAGAGGGCAGCGGCAGGGCCCCGCCGUCCGCACAUGGCUGUGUGACCGUGAAAUUGUGUCUGUCUCCUUGCUCAGGGCGGCGUGCCGGCGAUGGAGCGCGCGGUGGAGCCCUGGGGUCCGGAUCUCCGUGGCUCAGAGGAGAGAGAGCAGCUGAGAGGCGCCCGCACAGGUCUAGGGAGUGAGCAUGCGGAGAUUUCUCAGCCAGAUGAGUUUGAACAUGCCCCACAGGAGGAUGACUUGGAGUUCAAGGAAGAGGAAGAUUUGGCCCCAGGUCAUGAAGUAGGAAAUGCCUCUCUCAAACCUAAAAGCAUUCAGACCUGGGAUGACCUGUGGGUCCAGAGGGAGGGGCCUGGAAAACCUCAGGCUCGGGACAGAGGCCCUCGCCUCCUAGGAGAACCACGCUGGGGCCAGGCUAGUGAUCGGGCUGCUGUAUGUGGCGAGUGUGGCAAGAGCUUUCGGCAGAUGUCAGAUCUGGUGAAACACCAGCGAACCCACACCGGGGAGAAGCCCUACAAGUGCGGGGUCUGUGGCAAGGGCUUUGGGGACAGCUCUGCCCGGAUUAAACACCAACGAACUCAUAGUGGCGAAAAGCCCUACAGAGCCCGGGCGCCAGCCCAGGGGCCCCCAAAGAUUCCUCGGUCCAGGAUCCCGGCUGGCGAGCGCCCCACUAUCUGCGGUGAAUGUGGCAAGAGCUUCCGGCAGAGUUCGGACCUGGUGAAACACCAGCGGACACACACGGGCGAGAAGCCGUACAAGUGUGGCAUCUGUGGCAAGGGCUUUGGCGACAGUUCUGCCCGUAUAAAGCACCAGCGGACACACCGAGGGGAGCAGCCCCCCCGGCCCGUGGUGCCCCGGCAGCAACCAUCUCGAGCCGCCACGGCAGCUGCACGGGGACCUAAGGCCCAGGACAAGCCAUACAUCUGCACCGACUGUGGCAAAAGAUUUGUGCUCAGCUGCAGCCUCCUGAGCCACCAGCGCAGUCACCUGGGGCCCAAGCCCUUCGGCUGCGAUGUGUGUGGAAAGGAGUUUGCCCGGGGCUCAGAUCUGGUGAAGCACCUCCGAGUGCACACAGGAGAGAAGCCCUACCUCUGCCCUGAGUGUGGCAAGGGCUUCGCUGACAGCUCUGCGCGAGUCAAGCACCUCCGCACCCACAGUGGCGAAAGGCCUCACGCCUGUCCUGAGUGUGACCGUACCUUCAGCCUCAGCUCCACCCUCCUCCGCCACCGCCUCACUCACAUGGAGCCCCAGGACUUCAGCUUCCCAGGCUACCCUCUGGCCCCCCUGAUCCCCAGCCCACCCCCUAGCUCCAGCCCGCCCCCACCUCCUCUAGGCACCAGCCCCCCGCUGACACCUCGAAGCCCUUCACACUCAGGGGAUGGCCCUUUUGGCCUGCCUGGCUUGGAGCCGGAGCCUGGGGGCCCACAGGCUGGAGAGCCGCCACCACCACUGGAGGGUGACAAGCCCCACAAGUGUCCUGAGUGUGGCAAGGGCUUCCGCCGGAGCUCGGACCUGGUGAAACACCAUCGUGUACACACGGGGGAAAAACCCUACCUCUGCCCAGAAUGUGGCAAAGGUUUUGCUGACAGCUCAGCCCGAGUCAAGCACCUCCGCACCCAUCGUGGGGAACGGGCUAGGCCACCACCACCAUCCACUCUCCUGAGGCCACAUAACCCCCCUGGCCCAGCACCCACUGCCCCUCGAUCACGAGUCCGGGCUCAGCCCUCUGGACCCAGCCAGCCCCAUGUGUGCGGCUUCUGCGGGAAGGAGUUUCCCCGGAGCUCAGACCUGGUCAAACACAGGCGCACACACACUGGGGAGAAGCCAUACAAGUGUGCAGAGUGUGGCAAGGGCUUUGGUGACAGUUCUGCCCGUAUCAAGCACCAGCGUGGGCACCUGAUCCUGAGGCCCUUUGGGACAGGAGAUGGUCUGGCAAGGCCUCUCAAAGAGGAGCCACCAACGGGAGGCAGUUUGGGCCGGACGCCUGGGUCCUCUGACCCCUCCCCCUCGGGGGCGGAGUUAUGCGUUCUGAACCAAUGGCCAGUCGCCUAUGGGGCCCCGCCCAUGCCCCGCCCCUGGAGUCGCAGCGUCGCAGAGUGCCCAACCGCCCGGCGCCCUGGCCUGGGGCAGCGCGAGCGCCCGAACCCGCGGCUGGACACCAAGAUGCCUGGUGAACAGCAGACGGAGGAGGAGGAGGAGGAAGAGAUGCAAGAGGAGAUGGUGCUGCUGGUGAAGGGUGAGGAGGAAGAGGGUGAAGAGAAGUAUGAAGUGGUGAAACUCAAGAUCCCUAUGGACAACAAGGAGGUCUCGAGCGAGGCGCCAGCGCCGUCGGCGGACCCGGCACGUCCACACGCGUGCCGGGACUGCGGCCGCGCCUUUGCACGCCGCUCCACACUGGCCAAGCACGUCCGCAUACACACGGGCGAGCGGCCCUUUGCGUGCACGGAGUGCGGCCGGCGCUUCUCGCAGAAGUCGGCGCUGACCAAACACAGCCGCACCCACACGGGCGAACGGCCUUACGAGUGCCCGGAGUGCGACAAGCGCUUCUCGGCCGCCUCGAACCUGCGGCAGCACCGGCGGCGCCACACGGGCGAGAAGCCGUACGCAUGCGCACAAUGCGGCCGCCGCUUCGCGCAGAGCUCCAACUACGCACAGCAUCUGCGCGUGCACACGGGCGAGAAGCCGUACGCGUGCCCGGACUGCGGACGCGCCUUCGGCGGCAGUUCAUGCCUGGCGCGCCACCGCCGCACGCACACGGGCGAGCGGCCGUACGCCUGCGGCGACUGUGGCACGCGCUUCGCCCAGAGCUCGGCGCUGGCCAAGCACCGGCGCGUGCACACGGGCGAGAAGCCGCACCGCUGCCCUGUGUGCGGCCGCGGCUUCGGCCACCGCUCCAACCUGGCGGAGCAUGCGCGCACGCACACUGGCGAGCGGCCCUAUCCCUGCUCCGAGUGCGGCCGGCGCUUCCGCCUCAGCUCGCACUUCAUCCGCCAUCGUCGCGCGCAUAUGCGGCGCCGUCUCUAUAUCUGCGCCGGCUGCGGCCGGGACUUCAAGCUACCAGCUGGAGCCACUGCCACCGAGCGCUGCCCGGAUUGUGAGGGCAGCUGAGCCGCCGUUUCUUUUCUCCGCGGGGUGCGAGCCUCCAGGUGGGGAGGGGCACUCUGGGAUCUCAACCUGGGGCUGCGUUAAUCUGGACAACUCCCCGCCCCACCACCAGCGUCUUGAAUAGGAUGGGACUGGCAGGCCUGGCUGCCCUGGAACUGGGAGACAGGAUUCCCCUACUGGGAUCCCUGGAAACGUGCCCACUUCCCCCUCAUUACAUCCCCUCCGCCCAUGUUAGAGUGAAUAAAGUAUUAUAUCCU